CGCCAGCCUACGACAGGUGACAUAGAGUCUGCAAUGACACAAUGAGGUUGAGACGAACAUAAUGCAAGCUCUAGUACGUCUCCGAUCAUGUCCAACCCGGUCUGUCCUGCGACAGAGACCGUGGAAAUGCGCCGGACCUCACCCGACCGCGGUCUCUUCCAGCUUCCCUCGAUAUGCGACAAUCACGCCCACGGCGGCAUCAAUCACCAGAAAACUCGAUUUGUUAGCGCUUGAUAAGAAAUGGCAGGCAAGGUGGCAAGCAGAUGCCAUCAAGGCCUCGGUGGAACACAGUGCAGCAGAUGGCAAGGGGAUGGAGGGAAAGCCCAAAUCCUACAUUCUCUCCAUGUUCCCAUAUCCGUCGGGGACCUUGCACAUGGGCCAUUUGCGCGUGUAUACUAUCUCGGAUGUGCUGGCGAGAUUUUAUCGCAUGCGAGGGCACGAAGUCCUUCAUCCCAUGGGGUGGGAUGCAUUCGGACUGCCCGCAGAGAACGCCGCCAUUGAACGGGGGAUCGACCCCGCGGAAUGGACCAACAGCAACAUGUCCAAGAUGAAGGAGCAACUACGGAGUAUAUCGACCUCUUUCAGCUGGGACUGUGAAUUCGCAACGUGCUCACCCGAGUUCUACGAACACACGCAACGCAUAUUCUUGAUGCUCUACGAGAAGGGCCUCGCAUAUCAGGACGAAGCCGUCGUAAACUAUGACCCCGUGGAUAAGACGGUACUAGCGAAUGAACAGGUUGAUGCCAACGGCUGCUCGUGGCGCUCUGGGGCAAAAGUCGAGAAAUUGAAGCUGAAGCAGUGGUUCUUCCGCAUCACUGCUUUUAAGGAAAUGUUACUCAAGGACCUGGACUCCUUGUCGGGCGAAUGGCCAGAGCGUGUGCUUUCUAUGCAGCGGAAUUGGCUUGGCAAAUCGCAGGGCGCAAGCAUAAAGUUCCCUGUAGCCAUUGAUGGCAAGCAAGACGCAGGCGCAGAGAUAGGCGUUUUCACCACCCGGCCGGAUACUCUCUACGGAGUCGAAUACCUCGCUUUGUCUUUAAAUCACCCCCUCGUCUUGGAAGCCGCGAAGAAGGACUCUGAGCUGCAGAAGUUCCUCGAUACUGCUGCAUUGCUCCCAGUUGAUUCGAAAGCUGGUUACAAACUGUCUAACGUGACUGUGUCUCAUCCUUUACGUGUGAUAGAUAAGGAGACUCCUCAUGUUGCUCGCCCGCUACCUGUCUUUACCGCGCCCUAUGUUCUCAGUGACUAUGGUGAAGGCGCAGUAAUGGGUGUCCCUGGUCAUGAUUCUCGAGAUCUUGCGUUUUUCAAGGAGAAUGUGAAUCCGGCAACUAUACCUAUCGUGAUUGAGCCCCGCGCAGGCGAGACAGACACACCAAGCGCCGGGGUAGUUUCCUCAAAUGACGCAAAGGCAUUCACGCAUGAGGGCUAUCUCAACUCUUUAUGCUGGAAAUACCAGGGUCUCCAUUCCAGUGAGGCCAGGAAACAGAUAGUCAACGAUCUCAAGCAGGUUGGGCGCGGGGACUUCGUGGAACAGUGGAGACUGAGAGACUGGCUGAUUAGCCGCCAGCGUUACUGGGGCACUCCGAUUCCCAUAAUUCACUGCGGAGAUUGCGGUCCUGUACCCGUCCCAGCUGACCAGCUUCCCGUCAAACUGCCCAAGAUCGAAGGCGAUUGGCUGAAGGGUAAGAAGGGAAACCCCUUGGAAUCAUCGCACGACUGGGUGAACACGCAAUGCCCAAGCUGCGGCGGUUCAGCCAAGCGAGACACGGAUACCAUGGACACCUUCGUGGACUCUUCGUGGUACUAUCUCCGAUUCUUGGAUCCAGCUAAUAAACAAUCGCCCUUUUCGCCGUCUGUGGCGCGGCCGGUCGAUGUGUACAUUGGUGGUGUUGAACACGCUAUCUUGCACCUUCUCUACGCCCGGUUCAUUUACAAGUUUCUUUCACAGUCCGAGUUGUUUCCCGAGUUAGCUCGGGCCGGAAAUGUGUCGGCUCCAUUCGAACCAUUCAAGUCCCUCCUCUCACAGGGUAUGGUGCAUGGCAAGACAUUCUCAGACCCAUCUACGGGCAAAUUCCUUCUCCCUUCGGAGCUGGACCUGUCUAAUCCCGACAAGCCACUGAUCAAGGAAACGCAAGUUCCGCCGGCAGUGUCUUUCGAAAAGAUGUCGAAGAGCAAACACAACGGUGUGGACCCGACCGGGUGUGCUCUGAGAUAUGGCGCCGACACUAUUCGCGCCCAUGUCCUCUUUUCCGCACCCGUCAGCGAGGUGCUCGAAUGGGACGAGACGAAGAUUGUUGGAAUGGAACGCUGGUUUAGCCGACUUUGGAAGCUCGUGACCGACACCCAGCAGACUUUGUCUUCCUCCUCGGUUGCAUUGGAAGGCUCGGACUUGCAGACGUCUUCCGGCCAUGCCCUUUCGCUUCCCGGGGCCCUACAAAGCUUGACUGACAGUGACGCCAGCGCUGUCCUGUCAACGCAUCGAACCAUCUACUCCGUCACCAACUGCAUUGAGAACAAUCGUUAUGGCUUGAACACCGUUGUAUCUGACCUGACCAAGCUGACCAAUACGCUCUUAUCAUCCACACCCACCUCACCAGAGGUUCUCUACCUGACUGUCUCGUCUCUGCUUCGUCUUCUAUCACCCAUUGCUCCGGCCCUGGCCUCUGAAUGCUGGGAAAUCCUCAAUGGCUCGGUGGUGACGAAGAACGCCACUGGCGCCGCUUCGGAAACCGCAGCUAUCCCGAGUAUUUUUGAAUGCAACUGGCCCACACCCCUAUUGACUGCUGCCGAGGCCGACAUACUUUCCGCACGAGGGGGGCAGGCCGUUGCUGUUCAAGUCAACGGGAAAUUGCGAUUUAGCGUGACGAUCCCACAGCGACUUUCGCCGACGACCAGCGAGGCCAACGCGAACAGCACCGAUGAACAGGAUUGGAUUAUCAGUCGUAUUCUCGAAACCGCCGAAGGGCGAACAUGGCUGCGGGAGAAAAACGACUGGGACAAGCGUCGACGAGUGAUUGUUGUCAAAGGCGGCAAGUUGGUCAAUGUUGUAUUUUAGAAGAGACAUCACAGCGGUGGCAGCUUCGAGUCAUGGCCCAUGUCUGACGCGGAGCAUGCGUUGCUUGUUUUAUAGAAUAAACUAUAAAUGUACUAUAAAUAGAAGGACAUCGUGAUGAGACGAAAUGAAUACACAACUCCCAACUUCACGAAGCGGAAGUCGUUGGUCGCAGCCAUCGGGGCGAGGGAUGUAAUAGAAAGUCCUGAGUUGGGCUUUGCAACA